GUUGGUUGUUGCAAAGUGAAAUGUUUAUUUUCUUGCUCUGCGUACUUAGUUGUCGCAUAUGAUGUGGCGGAUUGAAUCAUUUCAAAUGUUUUUACGUUUGCAAGAGUUAAUUAUGUUAAAUUAUGAAAAGAAUUUGUAUAUUGAAUGCAUCAGCAAUCGAAAUACACUUGCUAUUUAUUUAUUUACAUAAACUGAAUGACAACUGCUGCACCAAUCAACGCAUGGUUGCUUUCGAAAGAAAAACAUUUGUGAUAUGGCAACGCCCACAGUAUAGCAACGCCAAAUUAAGCACGCCAAUGAUUGGAAAUCUGUCAUUAUCUAUGACUGAACGAGUGCUUAAAUUAUUUCUGUAGUGUUUUCUUGAAAGAAAAUAAUAAUAUUUAAUUUAUAUACGAGAAACAGCACGUAUAAAUAGAAAAUAUAGGUCGUAUAUUGCUAUCAGAGGAUAUGCAAUCCGACGAAGUGGCAAUUUCUUCGUCCAUAACGUCGUUGGACUAUGUGGAUUUAUCAGACUACUGUCGUCUAUGUCUACAAGUUCCGGAGGAGUCUCAAUUACUGGACUUACAAUUAAUUUAUGAUGAAGAGGAACAGCUCAGCUAUUAUGAUUGCUUUAUCAUAUGUACGCAAAUUGAUUUGCACUCUGGUGGCAUUAAUGCACCACAUCAGCUAUGUAAAUCUUGUGGCUUAGAAUUGCAGGUGGCAUAUGAUUUUCACAAAAAAGUGCAAGAGUCCAAAAAGUUUUUAAAGCAAUUUCAAAAAUCACACAUUACUGAUGCAGAAACAUUGGAUACAUCAUUAACAAAAGAUGAGGCACCGCAACAUAUUGUUAUUGAAGAAGUGGUUCACAAAACAAGUGAUGACACACAACUACCAGUCCCAAUACAAUUAGAAAAUGAGUCAAUUGAAAAUGAAAUUGUCACUACGGAAGAGGAAAAUGUGGAGCAUUUGGAUGGGCAUAUAGAAUACGAAGUGCUGGAAGAGCACAUAGAAAUGGAAGAAUAUCAAACGGUUGAUGAGCUAAUGAAUGAUGACAAUGAAAAGGAUCAACGCACUGCUGUAAUAAAGCUUGAAGAGGAUUCCAUACAAUUUCCGACAGAUAUGUCCACCGAUGAAUCAGUAUCGGGACAUUACUUAACAGCAGCAAAAACAGACAUUCCACCCGUCCUCAUGACCUUGGCACCACCAUCUGAUGCCGAUGAUAUUAAUUUAGAAGAAUAUCUCUUUGAAAAUCCCGGAUCCUCCAAAGACGUAAAGUGUGAACCGAUCCGCCAAGAUAAGAAGACCUCAACAAAAUCCAAGAGUGCAUCCGGCAGACGAGGCCGAGCGCCCCUCAUACCUGGUGGUCCACCGUUUCAAUGCGAAUAUUGUGAUCAUAAAAGUCCCUCACGUUCACUUUUAGCAUCACAUCGACAUCGCAAGCAUCGUUUUAAUAAACCACCCAAUAAAUGUGCGGAGUGUGGCAAAGAGUUUGCAACCAAACAACAAUUGGAGCGUCAUCAACAGCGUGUUAGUUGUCAGUCUUAUCCCCUCUUCAAGUGUGAAUUUUGCGAAAAGACAUGUAUCGGUCGUGCAAACUAUCAUAUACAUUUACGUUUUCAUAAAAAAGUCUACCCAUUUGUGUGUCAUAUCUGCGCCAAACCAUUUAUGAUGGCGCAACAUCUUAACAAUCAUGUGAAAACGAAACAUGAGGGCCAACGUUUCAUCUGUGAAGAAGAAAAUUGUGGUAAAAUGUUUCAAACGGCGCAUGCGCUUAAAAACCAUGCUUACACGCAUGUCGAUCAGUUGCCCUAUCGCUGUGACUACUGUCAGCAAGAUUUUCCUACCAAGGGCAGGCUUCGCUGGCACAUAAGCAGAAUACACGGCAUAGAGCAUACGUUGGACGAGCUGGAUUGCAUGCUGGUGGCCAAAGAGAUUAAAUUGAAGGCAAAAUUGCAGCCAGCAUUGACGCCUGAGCCUGUGCCCAACGAACUGGGUGAAGUGCUUGAUGAGGCCGACCUGGAAGACUACUGAAGGCUGAAAUUCAGUUUUCCACUUUUUAGUUUCUGGUGAUAAAAAUAAUUAAUAAACGAGAAUAAGCUAAAAUUUAUAUUGUUUUUAAAAUAUUGAAAAUAGUGCACGAGACGCACGCAAAAAAACAAAGUUGCGAAAUAAACUUAAAAGCUGAAAUGUAACUUAAUAUUUAAUUUUUACCAAUUAAUAUUAGUUUUGUUUUAUAUAAUGGAGAUUGCACUAUUAUUUUAUAUAAAAUCUGGCUAUUGAAAAGUAUGUAUGCAUACGUAGUAAUGUCUAUAUAUGUACAUAUACAUAUAUAGCAUAUUAUAAUGAAACAGUGAUACAUUAUUUACCUUUUGCAAUUAGAAUUUAUCCAAAAAUAGACAAAUUUAUUUUCUAAGUAUCAAUUGUAUUUCAAUAUUUUACUUGUGUUUAAUAUUUAUUGUUUCCCAAUUUAUAAAAAUACAAAUAUAUUAAUAAUAAUAACAAUAUCAAAAAAAAAUGUCAAAUAUAUUACUUU